AUGGCAUCCGGAUCCACCACUAUGUCUCGAGCUCGCCUUUAUUUGACAGAUCCAGGCGGGCCUAAAGGCAGCGAUGUAGAAGAUCCCAUGGAGGAGGAGUCUCCAUGCCAACUUUCCAUCGAGCGGCUAUUCGAGAAUUUGCCAAAUCCAACAUCCAACGAUAGAUACGGAGAUCAGGAACAAGAUCGCCAGUACAAGAGAGCUCUCAGGCUUUUCCUAGAAGAAGAAACUGGUCCGGCUGAGCAUGACAACGAGUGCAAACAACUCAAGUCCGUUGCUAGCAAGGUGUUGAAAAGCAAAAACGUCCACGGUGUUCGUGUCGCGUUUAUCGACGGUAUUGCACCUAUGAUUAUCGACUUGUCGAAAUACGAUGCCGAAUCAGCCAAGUCACGAUAUCUUGCACAUUGCAAGUGGAUAUUGCAGGGAAGGAAAGAUCAUGAUGCUUACGACGGGAACUUAUCGGAUCCGGAUCCAGAUGAAGACAGCGAUGUUGAAUAUAGUCAACUCCCUAAGCAGCUCACCACCCAGACAAAAUGUGCUUAUUGCCACCGUGAAGGACGCCAAUUCUGUUGCAUAGACUGCGUAGUGAUAACCAGUUCUCGCGAGACCAUCGGGACUGGCUACUGUCGUAGGAGGUGCGAAGUGCUCGACAAGGACGACCAUAGGCUUAUCUGUUUUUGGCGCCAGCGUUUUGCGCGAAGUGUGCGCCUCAUGCAGACUAUUCUCUUGACUAUGGAAUAUCAUCAGACUACCCUCUCCCUAGAGGGCUCUUACGAACGCGACGGCAUGAUAUUCUUGAAAGAGAAGUCUCGCCACUUCAGGGCCAUGUCAGGAGAGACGGUCACCUGCGAAUUCAACGACCAGUUCGUAGAGGAGAGACACCAAAAGGCGGCCCUACAAGAUCAAUAUCUCCCGGACUUGCCCUUCAUGAUGUUGAGUUCGACUCAGGAAUGGCUUUGGAAAGGUCUCAUCGAGAACAUUGAGCAGUACACCAUCUUGGUCAAGAAUGCUCAUCGUCCUAUUGUCCGUCAUACUAUACACAAUACCAUCGAGUCCAGCAUGCUGCGCCCUCAUACCGUCUUUUGCGUCACUCUACGUAGUGGAGAAAAGUUUGCGGUGGAUUACGCGGGAGCCCGAUUCGGCUGGGUUGAAACUCUUUCCCAUUGGGAACACUUUGCGGCGCAUCGACUGAAGCGAGUUAUUAGGAGAAGCUUCCCGGGAGCUUGGGAGCGGGAUCCCGCAACGAUGAUACCGGCUUACCUCCCCGAGAAAAAGAAGGCUUACCUGCAUACUAUAUUCCUACGUAUGGCCCUGUCCGAAACGCACCGGUUCCUACAGUUAGAAUAUCCAGACAUAUCUUUCGACACUGCCCUCAGCGUAUUGAUUACUGAUUCAGUCUGGAAAGGGGUCGCGUCGAAUCUCGUAGAAAAUACCCUAACCAUCUUCGACGAGGGAAACAUGAGGGAAUUGAUCGUGCAAUGUGACAUUAAGGCCCGAACUUACCUCAAUGACAAUUUUGAGGAAUGGGUCGAGAGCCACGACAAAGAUCGCGAACGUCUCCAGAAUGUCUGGUUCAACGAGAACCAGCUCACGUGGAUUAAGACUCAUAUCCCAGACAACAUGGAAGCCUUGAAGAAGGUAUGGAAUGAUUGGAUUUCUAGCCGCGGUGUUCAUUUCAAGGAUACCGUGCCUUCUCCUAUGGAGAUUGAGAACGGUGCUACAGUUUUUGAGGGAUAGUUCAAGGGGUAGUGUACGUUCGGGCCGUUAUG